AUGCUAAGGUAUGGAUCCGGUGGUCUGGCUGUGACAAUUGGAUAUGCGUUUGACACUUAUGACAGUGCCUCACCAGUGUCAAGGUUAUCUGCCUCAGUUUUCCAACCGGUCAGACGCGAACAUCACCAAACUGUCGCUGCGCCAUCGAAGUGUGGCCAAACAUCCACCUUGAUCAACACAUCUAUGGAACAAGCACCUGCGGCACAAGAGCCAUCGGAACCUGCUCAAUCAGAGCAGUCUCAAUCGGAGCAGUCGGCCUCAGAUAAUCCUGCCGCCUAUGAACCUUACUCUUAUUCCUCUGCUUCGGAUCCACUGGGCUCUCAUGCUACGGAAUCGGACGAUCAUCCAUCGGAUGAUCCACCUAUCGAAGAACCGCGAACUGACGGGAGUGAUUCUUUGUCGCAAAUCGUCGUUCCGGACAGCGAGCUUGAGCGGGAGGAGCAAAUUGCCCAUAUCACGGACGCGAUCAUGGCCGAAGGGAUGACGCUGCGGGAGUUUAUUAUGGCUGUGAGCCCUUCGGCCUCCACCUUCAUCACACAUCACCCUCCGCCAACGAGAAGGCUUAUCGUCAAUAGGUCCUUCAACAUGAUCAAUUUCUUGCACAGUCAGAACUUGACAGUUCAAGAGUUCAUCCUCGCAUUACUGGAUCGUCGAAAUCAAGAACUCUCGGCACACCAAAGAGCUUUCCGGGGUACGGGCACGUACUCGUCGAUGGUCAUUCGUGGUGUUUUCAUUGGGCUGCGUAAUCAAAUAUAUGCCGCCGGGAACGAAGAGCGCGUAUGGCGUGAACUCGUUCAAGCCGAGGCUGAUGAGCUUUCCUUAUUUGUUUGGACAGGCUGA